AUGAAGAGACGUGCAACUUUUUCUGCCUGUCACCGCUUACAUAGUCCCCAUUUGAAUGAUGAAGAAAAUAAAAAAGUGUAUGGAAAAUGUAACCAUAUUCAUGGUCACGGUCACAAUUAUGUGGUUUUUGUGACCCUGUUUGGGGAGAUUGAUCCAAAAACAGGUAUGGUGAUGAAUAUGACCGAUUUGAAGAGGUACAUGGAUGAAGCAAUCAUGAGACCAAUGGACCAUAAGAACUUGGACAAAGAUGUGCCAUUCUUCCAAAUUAGGCCAAGUACUACUGAAAAUGUUGCUGUUUUCAUAUGGGAUUCUUUGAGAAGUGUGAUGGACCAACCUCAUUUGCUGUUUGAAGUGAAAAUAUAUGAAACUGAAAAUAAUAUUGUUAGAUAUCGAGGAGAUGGGGAUGAAGACUACUGA